UGUUAAAAACCUAUAAGUACGCCGCAGGAUUUUCAUACUUCUACCCGAGAAAAUAUCUCGAAACCAGAGAGCACAGAAAUGGCGUCCAAACCCAAAACCAAAGCUGAAAAAACAACUGAAGAGCUGGAAACAGAGUUAUUUCGCAUAAAAGAGCAGCUUAAAAAUGAAAAAGAUAAUCGUGAGAAACGGCAAGCAGAAUAUGAAAAGCAAUUAGCUGCAAUCUGGAGUGCGGCAGCUCAGGAAAAGGCCGAAUUAAAACAAUCUCACCAACAGGAACUCGAAAGAGUAAGAUCUGAGACUCGUGAAGUCACACGCGAUUGUGAUGAGAUCAUCAACAACCUCAAGAAAAAACAUGGGUUUUUGGAAGAAUUACAUCAAAAUCAGGUCCAAGAAAUGAAGGAAAAAUGCAAGGAUGUAGAUGAAAUAAUCAGCGAUAAAAACUAUAUGAUUGAAAGUCUUGAAAACAAACUACAAGACAAGGAAGACAUCAUUAAAAAACAAAAAGCUGCUCAGGUCUCCGAGUUUGAAGAAAGUUGGGAUAGAAACCAAAAGAUGAAGGCUUUGCUUGACAGCGAAGUCCAGAAAAACAAGGAGAGGAAAGCAACAAUUAAAAAGCUUGAGACUGAACUGAAAGCCGAGAAGGCAAAAAAUGACACGGUAUCCGAAGAGUACUGUAAAGUUUUUUAUCAAUGGCUUGAUUUAAAUGAUAAGCAUACUUCAUUGAAUGAGACAAUGAAUGACCAAAAGAGGAACAACAGGAUGCUGGAAGAAAGACUCCGUCUGACCGAACUGAAUCCAGACCGUUUCAAACAGGAUCUGGCUCUCUGCACGGAAGACUUUGAAAAGGCUUUCCCUCACGCAUCUCACAACAUAGACCCGGCCUUCCAACAGUUCCGGAGGAAGUUCCUGGCCAUGAAAAAGAAAUAUUUACAAGGUUUACCCCUGAGCCAAUGUGAAAAGGAGGCAUUUGAAUUUGAAGCAGAAUGUUUAGCAGCAAAACUAAAACAACGUGACCAAAGAAUUGAAAGAUUAUUAAAGGAUCUUGAAAAGCAGAAAAGGGACACCGCUGCAGAUGGCAGAUCUCUGACCACAGCACAAACUUCUGAAUGGCUACAAUCUUUGCUUGAAGAAGAAGGUGAACAAAAGCAAGAGAUCGGUCGUCUGAAAGAUCAAGUAAAGGAGCUUCAGUUGGAACUGAAAAGGGAGAGGCGACGUCAAGGUGAGACACCGACAACAUCUGCGCCUCAACCUGAAACUGCAGUGCCGGAAACUGGUCCAGGCACUGUCAAACGCUAUCAGCCUUUACGUGUUUUACCACCUAUAAGAAGACCACCUUCUUCGUAGCGUGGCUGUAAAAAGUAGAAAGGCAGCUGCCUUUCUACAAAAUGUGAUUGUUAGAAAGACUAAGGGCUGCAGCCGACAGUUCGCGCAUGCGCCCAGAUCACACACGACGUACUCAGUACGUUCCCCUUUUCCUUUCAAGUGCAGACAGACACAGACGCCAUUAGGAGCACUCAUCACCGACUCGCCAGACAAUCCAGCCUCGCAGUGCCUGUGACUGCAGAGCUGCUCACCUUGUAGCAGAUGCGAGAUUGUGUGUCACUGAGGAUCCUCAGCCCCCCGGUGGUGCCUCCCAUGACCCGCAGCCCAAGUCUGCUUGGAAAUCGCAUGCAGAACCGGUGCUACAACCACAGCCUCUGAGGUUUGGACCGCCUGCGCCUCAGGCUAGUCAUUAUCCUCAGGGCCCUGGUGAGCACCCCACCUCCGCACGAGAACAAGACCUGAUGGACGCCAUCAACCGCAUGAUGCGGGAGCUACAACUCAUCAAGGAUCAAGCAGAGGGCCGCGUGCUGAGGAAUCCACAGGCAGAGAUCUCCUGUUUGGGAAAACACGGGCGUCAGUGUGAAGUUCCACAUUCCCAGCAGAGAUCUCAAAGGUGCGGUCAACAUAUGUGCUCUUCUCCCAGAUGGUAGUUGCCAUGGGGACGCUAACAUCACCUACCUCUCUUCGCCGUCCUGUACUGAUGUUGCACCGAGAAGCAGCUGGAUCAGACUCUCACCUAUGACACACCUGCAGCUCAGAGGAUUUCCAGCAGCGCCGUGUUUCUGAAAGUAGCCAAUCAAGCCUUGGCCUGCCCCACAAACAUCUCCUAAUAUCCAGACCCUGAGUUCACCGGCUUCACUGCCACAGUGGCAGGAGAGAACGUCCGCAUCACCGUGCAG